AUGCUCCGGCUGCGAAGCUCCAUCCUCGCCCAUCUCCUCUCUUCUUCUCAAGCCACCUCUCCCGCAUCCCCUCUCCACCGCCUCCUCUCGGUCGCCAUUUCCCCAAGCACCGGAUUCGCCGUGGAGAACUACCUCUUCUCCACCUGCGGCCUCACGCGGGCACAGGCCGUCAAGGCCUCCCGCAAGCUCCCCCGCCUCAAGUCCCCCGCCAAUCCCGACGCCGUGCUCGCCUUCCUCGCCGGCCUCGGCCUCUCCGGCGCCGAUGCCGCCGCGGUCGUCGCCAAGGACCCGCAGCUCCUCUGCGCCAGCGUGGAGAGAACCCUGGCGCCCAUCGUCGCCGGGCUCUCUGACCUCGGCCUAUCGCGUUCCGAAAUCGCACGCCUCGCCUCGCUCGCCGCCCACAGAUUCCGCAGAAAGGACACCGUCUCCAAGCUCGAGUACCACCUGCGCCUCUUCCGCUCCUCCGAGAACCUCCUCCGGGCCAUGAAGUUCUGCGAUCUCAUCUCGCACAGCCUCGAGAGGGUGGUCAAGCCCAAUGUCGCGUUGCUGCGCGAGUGCGGGUUAGGUGAUUGCGAUAUUGCCAAGCUGUGCAUCUCAAGGCCGAGGAUGAUCACCGCCAACCCGGAGCUUGUCCAGGCGAUGGUGACAUGCGCCGAAGACAUAGGUGUGCCCCGUGGCUCUGUCAUGUUCAGGCACGCGCUGCAUGCUGUUGCAUCUGUCGGCAAGGAGGAGAUCUUGCUGGGAUGUCCAGCCAAAGUGGAGUACUUGAGGAACACGUUCAGGUGGACGGAUGCUGAGGUGGCCAUUGCUGUUUCUAAGGCUCCAGCGGUGCUGACGAAGGCUAAGGAAUCGCUGCAGCGCAGAUCCAAGUUCCUCAUCUGCGAGCUGGGGUUGGAACCGGCACACAUUGCUUAUCGUCCGGCAAUGCUCAUGUACAGCUUGGAGGGCCGGAUCAGACCCCGGCACUACGUUAUAAAGUUUCUCAAGGAAAAUGGAUUGCUCAAGUGUGACCCGAGCUACUAUACUGUUUUCAAGGAGUCUGAGAAGACAUUCAAGAAGAAGUUCAUACACCCUCAUAAGGAAGCUGCACCGAACCUGGAAAAAGACUAUGAUGCUGCUUGCAAGGGGGAAGAGCCCACUAAUUUCAGAUUCACAUAA